AUGAUUAUCGAUAAUAACGUGCUCCUUUUUAUAAGAGAUUCUAACAGUACAGGAACCACUAUAAUAGAUGAUCCAUGGGGUUCAUCGACUUGGCGAUGGGGUCGUUGGAUUUUGUUUGUAAUAUUCGUGGUAUUUAUAUUGCUCCUUGUUUUAUGCACAGCAAGAGCUAAUAGAAGACGGUUUGUUAGAGGCGAAGCUCCUAUAAGAGGAACAUCAUGGAUUACACCACCAUCAUAUAGACAAUCUGAGAAUACAUAUGUUGGAAAUACUCAACGAGCGGUGGUGGACUACGUUCCGGAAUAUACUGAAGAAGCAAAUGAAAAUGAUUUAGGUUAUUAUGAUGAAAGAGGAGAAUUUCAUUCAAAUGAUAAGACUGCUUAUAUUCCACCACCUGAUUUAGAGACAAGUAAUAAUAAUGGAACAAAUUCACUAAGCGGAACACCAUUAUUAGAGAGACCUUCACCUGCUGUAUUAAGAAAUACAAGUGCUACAUCUAGUCCUGAUAUGGGAUUAGAUUUUAGUAGGCCAAAUUUUAGAACUGAUAGCAAUUUACAUACUUUCCCUGGUUAUUUCAACAAUGACACUAAUAAUAACGGUGAUGAACUUAAUGGAAAUAGGGCAGGUACCGUUGGUUCCUCAUCUUCUGCAGAUGAUACUCAAGCUGGAUCAUCUAAAGAAAAGAAGUUUGUAUCGGUAGAAGAAGUUAAAGAGUUUUAG